AUGGCAGCUUAUAGAAAAGGUCGUGCAGAAAAUAACGAAUGCAAAAUCUUAAUUUUCGUUGAAAAUAGUGAAUCCUUUUUAUAUCUUUAUAAAGAAGAAAACUGGCCAACAACACUUGCCGGUAAUAAUUUUUCAACAAAAAAACCAUCAAUACCUCCACAACUUGCUUUGGUCAUACCUGCCGUAUCUUUACAAAUAAACUGGGACGAUUUUGUUCAAGAUCUUAAAGAUAAUCAUCCCAGCAUAUCAAAUGUCGUUCGCUUAAAAAACAAGGCUCAACAACCGAUAAGAGCAGUCAAAUUGGAAUUUAAUUCUGUAACUACUCGUAGAGAACUACUAGAAGCUGGUGAAAUUUCUGUUAUGCAUAUCAAAUAUAAGGUGGCGGAAUUCUACACACAAGCAAAUGUGCUAAUCUGCUCAAAUUGCUUUGGUAUUGGGCACUUCAGAAAGAAUUGUCCACAGAAAAAUGAAUCUACAUGCAAAACGUGUAGUGAAAAAUAUACCAAUCUGAAAGACCAUUUAUGCUCUGGGGUUUUAAAAUGUAUACACUGUGGUGGCCCUCACGUCUCGAACGAUGCAAAAUGUAGAGUAGUUCAAGACUAUAGAGCUGCUCUUACUCGAAAUCUUCUUAAUAAUAUCACUACAGAGAACAUGGAACAUGCUAAUGCUGGUCAAUUAAUUAACAAUGUGUCCCAAGCUACCUACACAACAACAAAUGGCUUAUCUUAUGCAAACGUACUCAAAAUGUCAUCGUCGUACCCCAAUGAUCUAUUACUUAAGAAGCUAGAUAGCAUUGUAAAGAAAGUAGAAGAAGAAUCAAUUGCAACUCGUCAUUCUCUGGAAGUAAUAAAAAACGAAAUGAGAAAUUGCUACGAUGGAAUGAAGCAGCAAGUUGAAACAUUGGAAGAGAAAUUGAAAGCAACAGAAAAGAAGUUUGAAGAUUUUUCAAUGAAGAUAGGUGAAAUCGUUCAAAACAUAUGUGCAACACUAUUGUACCCUCAGAAUUCGCAAGGACAACAAUGGAAGUCUUAUUGGCAGGAAAAAAUUAAAACACUGGUAGAAGCUAGAUCGACAUCAGUUAAAUCAACAUAA